UCCGCGGGGGCCCAUGGGACUUGUAGUUCGGCUUCCGCAACAGACGCUGCCCUCGCCAGCAGACUCAUAGAUUUAUAAAUAGACCUACUGAACACGAAAGACUUCCGGGUUCCUUUAGACUCUUCCCUUUAGAACCUGCUGCGAUAUUGCGCGAAAACGGGGAGGUUCCAUUUCUCCUCUGGCGGAGACCAAAAAUUUUGCUUUGUUGUUUUCUAUCAAUUGCCAUUUCCGUAGGACGAGUUCUACUCUAAAGGCGAGUUUGGAAGUAUCGUUAGGAUUCCACACUCUAAUUUUUCCUAUCUCUAUGGUCCGUGGAUAGACGUCGUCGUAGAACACUUCAAAGAAGAGCGGAAGGCGGGGCGAAUAAUCUCUCGGGAACGAUCUUUCUUAAGGGCAACAUUAACGCCUCCGCCGCCAUUUUUGUGCCGGGAAGAAAGGCCCUGAGGGGGAAGAUGAUAACAGCCGGCCCGGCUUGCGACUGAGGCGGAGAGAGACGCCAUGCCGCUGGUCGUCCUCUGCGGGCUGCCGGGGAGCGGCAAGACCCGGCGCGCCGAAGAGCUGAAGGCGGCGCUGAGCGCCGAGGAGGCCUCAGAGCGGCGCGUCUUCGUGGUGGCCGAGGCCGACUUGGGCGCCGGCGGCGGGGACGGCGUCGCUCGGGCUGCUCUGAGGGCGGAGGCCGAGCGCCUGCUGAGCCGCCGCGACGUGGUGCUGGUGGACUCGGGCGCCGAGCUGAAGAGCUUCCGCUACGAGCUCUACUGCCUCAGCAAGCACGCGGGGACGCCGCACUGCGUGCUCCUGUGCCCGGGAGGCGCCGCCCGCCCGGACCGGCCUCCCCUGGAGCCGCCCGACUCGCGCCACCGCUGGGACUGGCCGCUCUUCGUGGCGCCCGCCGACCCCGCCGAGCCGCUGCCUUGGCCCGAGAUCCGCGCCGCCCUCUUCGAGCGCCGCCCGCCGCCGCCCAACCAGUCCACGCGCUCGCAGCCCCUGCAGGCCGCCGGCUUCCUGCACCGCCUCGACCGCCUCACGCAGGACGUGCUGGCCGCCCUCAUGGCCGCCCAGAGGAACGGAGCCCAGCCGGGGCAGUUCGUGCCGCUGGCGGUGGACGGGCUGUCGCAGGCCGGCGGCGGGGAGCCUCCGGGGCUGCUGCUGACCCGGCCCGUCAGCCUGGCGGAGCUGAGCCGGCUCCGGAGGCAGUUCCUCAGCUACGCCAAGAUGCACCCGGGUGAAGGCGAGGGCGACCUGCCGCAGCUGGGAGGCAUGUUCCUGCAGUACCUGGGCCGCAACCUCCAGUGAGGAGGGGCUGGAAGCCGUCGAGCCGAAAGGAAAGCAAGCCCGAGGGGGACGGAGCAGGAUUUGGGCCGAAAGAGCCUCCCCGACCGUGAAGGGAGUUUGUCUGCUGCUGGAGCUUUUGGCCCUGGGUCGUCUUUGCCGUCUAAACCCGAGAGAGGAAUGCACUUCCUGCCUAUCAUUUUAAGUGUGUCGAACUGGUCCGAAACCGAUCUUGACAAAAGGGGUUCGGGAUUAUUGUAAAUAAAUGAGUUUUUCCUUUCCGCACUUCACACACCUGUUUAUAUUUUAAGUUGCUAUUUUGGUUAUUUCGUUCUUGUUAUGCUUCCUUGCUGCAGGGGGGUUGGACUAGAUGACCCUUGGGGGUGUCCAGGUCCCUUUCAGUUCUACGAUUCUAGGGUUGUGUACAUGGUUCAUGUACAGCACACUAAGGGAGGUUGUAUCUGGUGGCACAAUGAGUCAGUGUGUCAGGUUGUUUUAACAGAAGGUUGGUGGUUCAGGUCCCCUGGAGGGACACUAGAUGACUCUCAGAAUCCUAUCCAACUACAGUUCUAUGACUGAGAAACAGUGGCCAGUCUAAAGGCACCCAGUGUGAUGCUAAUGUGGUCAGACGACGAUUCUGAUGUAAACUGAGUGUGAUCCCCUGAGUUUCUUCAUCAUGGAUUGGGCACAAACCCACUACAAUCAACUGCUGGACUGUGUGUUGCAGGACCACAACUUCUGCUAUUCUUAACAGACAGCUACUAUUGCCUUUUCCAAGAGUAAAACAAAAAGGAUGAACAUCAGGGCUGGCUCAAGAUGCUGUAUUUGGUACCUAGGGGGAUUAUAUGUAUACUGUACUGCUUUUGUAGAUUUGGUGUUUGAAAGUUACCUUAAAAGCUAUUAUGCUGUUUUUAAUAGCAAGCUGUCCUAAUAAGGUAUUGGAAGGGUGGCGUAUAAAUAAAUAAUCCCACAUCCUACUUAGCAACAUGGAGCAUGGUGCGCUCCCAUAUGAAGUGCACUGAAAUGAAUGGGAAUUAAGUGCUCCAGUCCAUUUCAAUGAGGCUAACACAGGAGACCCUCGUGGGAAUUGCUCAUAGUUAAUGUGCUAUCACUCUAGAAUGAAUUACUAUUUGCCAUGGGUGGCAACUUUUAAAGGUGCCGCUUUUAUUAUACCAAAGAGAUGCAUCAGUGCCUCUAGUGCAAAAGGGAAUAUGCUGUGAUUCUUUCCUGGGGCCAAUAUCGCUUUAUGGAUUAUGCUAAAUAAAUACAGUCUAAACUAUAAAUAUCUACCUAGUACUGGUAAGGAAAUAACAUUAAA